AAAUUAAGCUAAAUACAAUAUUAUUAUUAGCGUAAAGUGGAGAUUUUUUUAUUCUUAAUCGCUUUUUUAACAUGUAAAUCUUUAAUCUGUGAAGUUGCGAUUUUUGUUUUCGUGGAAAUUCUCGUCUUUUCUUGAUAUUUUUUCAGCUGGAUCGAGCUCGAUAAUGGAGAAACACGAAGUCUAAAGGGGUAAAGUAGCUUUAUGGAUUUCAAACAGAUUUCAAUGGAUUAAGAGAUCUGUUAUGCAUAGAAAUGGCCUUUAUACCUUCGUUUAUGCUUUUAAUUUUCCAUAAUGCUCGUGUUAUUAGCGAUUUGAGGCUUCUAGCAGUUUAACGGGCUCAUAAGUUCAGAGUGUUUCUGAAUCCAAUUUGCAGGGAGUGUCCUGAUGAGCUUCGAUGACGAUGAGUCUAAGGAGCUUCCGGAACUAAAUCACAAGCUGCAGGAUGGGAAAAAGGGUGUUAACAAUGAAAAUGUGGGUCAGGAACAAAGGUUGCUUGAGGACGAUGAGUUAGGAAAUAGUAGUUUAGCGGCUGAUGUGAAAGAUUGGCAUGGUGGGGCAGCCGAAGCCCGGGCUGUCCUGCAAGUACCGCAGCAGCAGCAGCCGUCUCAAGGGGCAAUGGUGUGUUGGGAGAGGUUCCUACAUCUCAGGUCCCUCAAGGUCUUGCUGGUGGAAAAUGAUGAUUCUACUCGCCAUGUUGUCACUGCACUGCUUCGAAAUUGCAGUUACGAAGUCAUUGAAGCCACAAAUGGAUUACAAGCGUGGAAGAUACUUGAAGAUUUGACCAACCAUGUUGAUCUCAUUUUAACUGAGGUAGUCAUGCCUUGCUUGUCAGGCAUUGCUCUUUUAUGGAAGAUCAUGAGCCAUAAGACACGUAAAAAUGUUCCUGUGAUUAAUUUGUGUGCAGUGAUGUCAUCUCAUGACUCAAUGGGUCUAGUCUUUAAGUGUUUGUCAAAGGGUGCUGUUGAUUUUUUGGUGAAGCCCAUACGGAAGAAUGAGCUUAAGAACCUUUGGCAGCAUGUUUGGAGGAGAUGCCACAGUUCUAGUGGAAGCGGCAGCGAAAGUGGUGCACUAACUCAAAAAUCUGUUAAAUCAAAGACUGUUGAAAACUCUGGCAACAACACUGGAAGCAAUGAUGAGGAAGAGAAUGGGAGUGUUGGUUUGAACAUCGGGGAAGGAAGCGACAAUGGGAGUGGCACUCAGAGUUCUUGGACUAAACAAGCUGUAGAAGUUGACAGCCCAAGACAGAUGUCUUCAUGCGAGCAAACAGCCGAGUGUCCUGAUAGUAAUUUUGCCCGGGUUGUCCAUCCAAAUGCCGAAACGGGAAGUGACAAGUUGGUUUCUGCAACUGCAAGGAAUGAGCGCCCUGAACAGAAGGAAAAAAUUGACGAUGGCACACUGGGAAAAGACUUGGAGAUUGGGAUGCCCAGUAAACUGAAAGUACAACUUGAAUAUCCAAAUGACAUUCCAACCAAACGCACUGUCACGAGACAAAAUAAUCUGGUUGAGAUGGGUUCCAGUAAAUUCAAUGAGCAGAUUAACAAGGGACAGGUUGACAUUGAUUACGAGAAGCCAUCUAACAAGCUGAAAUGUGAAAUUCAUACGCUAACAGGUGUUUUCACUAAUACAACUGAUCUUCAGAUGGACAACACAGAGUAUCAAGCUCCAAAUGGACAUUGCAAAGUCUCAGACAAUAAGAAUAAAGGCAUUAAUGAUUCGGAUGAAAUGCCAUCCCUGGAGCUCAGUUUAAAAAGACUCAGAGGAGUAAAAGGCCCUGGCACAACCAUACAAGAUGACCGAAAUGUCUUGAGGCGUUCAGAGUCUUCAGCCUUCUCAAGGUAUAAUGCAGCAUCAAAUUCUUACAAGGCGCCUACCCGGCAUGCAGGAAGCAGUUUUCCACAUGAUAAUAGCAUGGACACUACAAAGGACUUUCACGAUAUUCAAUCUCAAACAAGUGGCAAUCCUCCCAAUCAUGGCUCAGUUGCAGCUAGCAACAAUGUUGAUACGGGUUGUACAACCAAUAAUGCGAUUACGAGGCAUAUUGUUUUUAACAAAUCAGUCGCAUCAUCCACUAUUCAACAACUGUAUCCGUCGUCUGCUUUCCAUCCUGUGAAAAAUGACCUUAAUUGUGCUCCACAACAAGUAAUAACCGAUAAUGGCAAUCACGAGACAGCUAGUAUAAUGUCGGCUCCAUCACAAGGUGCCCACAAGGUACAUCAUACUCAGCACCUCCAUAUCCAUUAUGAUAACUACCAGUUCCAUCAUCAUCCCACUCACGGUAUUCAACAACAGCAGCCAACUGAUCAUAACGAUUUCUCCCUAAAGAAAUUGGCUACUGCUCCUCCACAUUGUGGUUCGUCUAAUGUCCUGAGUGGACCGGUUGACUGUAACAAUGGAAAUUGCAGUAUCAAUAGAAGUGCUUCAGGCAGCAACCAUGGGAGCAGCACUCCAAUUAAUGUUGGAGGGACAAACAUUGAAAGUGAGAACGGAGUUUCCGGUAAUAGUGGUAGUGGUGAUGCUAUUGGUAGUGGAAGAGCAGACGACAACAAGGCUGCGCACAGAGAAGCUGCAUUGACAAAGUUUCGCCUGAAGAGAAAGGAGAGAUGCUUUCGUAAUAGGGUGCGCUACCAAAGCAGAAAGAGACUAGCGGAGCAGCGACCCCGUGUCCGGGGACAGUUUGUGCGGCAAACUACAGCGAGUGAGAGCACAAGCAGGACAUCAGACAGCUAGCUAAUUCUUCCGUCGCCUUUCCUUGCACACGGCAUGCAUGCAAAUGUGCGUACCACUAACGAGCAAUGUAUGUGUCUAGUUGGCAGAUUGGCAUUCUUGAUCGAGACACUUUAAGAACUCUUUUUAGACAUCUUGAACUGUAUUUUAUAGUAUUGGUACUCUUGGAUGAGAGUCUUUCAGCGUUUAUGAAACCCCACUUUCUUUGGUGUGAUUUUGUUUUUUUACCACGGUUUGAUUUUAUGUAAAAGCUCCUCAGUGCAUCUUAGAAGUUUA